AAUAUUUUACACCAAACUUCGCUCCGUGGUCAACUUUUCCGGCGUGGGAAGUCGCGCCAACGCCGAGCUGCGGGCGUUUUUGUGGCUCUUUCCGACCGUCCCGCCGAUGUUGUUUAUGUGUAGUAAGGGGGAGCUUGAAACCGUCCUCCCUUGCCCCAUUUCCUCGGUUGUUUUCCUCCUCGCGCCUGGAUUCUCCAUGUUGUUGCUGCGAAAGUGACGACUUGGCGGCGACGGGAGAAGGGGGCUGACCGCUCUUAUCAACACCAAAAUAACUGCGGAAAAACACAGGCAGCGGCCACCGACUGACUCCCGCGGACCCUCCGAAGAACCCAUCCAAGUGCCUUUCCCUCCUUUUCGGUGGUCGGUCAGCGAGGGAAGAAGAGCGAGGGAAAACGGCGGGGAAAUAAAGAAAGCCAGGGCACCGUAUCGACGCCACCACUCUCACCGAGGCGGGUGACAGGCGUGCUGGGUGACUAAUUGGGUUGGUCCGCGAAGACAAAAACCCAAUGAGGGAUGCCCAUCAGCGCCCGGGGUCAGGUUUUGAGGAUUUUGAGGGCUCUGUGAUUGUCAGAUGGAAAGUUCUGUUAUCACCCAAGUGCAGAAAGAAGACGUCCAAGUGUCACCGAAAACAGGCCAGGUGAGCCGCGCGGCCCUGAAGCAGCCUCGGAGUUGUAACAUCUUCAAAGCACUCUUCUGCUGCCUCCAAGCUCAGGAUGGCCCCAAACCACACCCGCCACUGCCGCCACCUUCCCAGCAGGCCUUGCCGGAGGCACAGGAAAAUGGGGCAGUUGUCAAGUUGUGUGAACCUAGCCUCCUGCCUGAGGUGAAGGCCCAGGACCAAGGGAAGAUCUGUGUGGUCAUAGAUCUGGAUGAGACGCUUGUACACAGCUCUUUCAAGCCGAUUAGCAAUGCAGACUUUAUCGUGCCUGUUGAGAUAGAAGGGACGACACACCAGGUGUACGUCCUGAAGAGACCGUACGUUGACAAGUUCCUGCAGCGAAUGGGGGAGCUUUUUGAGUGUGUGCUGUUCACUGCCAGUCUGGCCAAGUACGCUGACCCAGUGACAGAUCUGCUGGACCAGUGCGGUGUGUUCCGGACUCGGCUAUUCCGGGAAUCUUGUGUCUUCCAUCAAGGCUGCUAUGUCAAAGAUCUGAGCCGCCUCGGCCGGGAUCUCCACAAAACCCUAAUCUUGGAUAAUUCUCCCGCUUCCUACAUCUUUCACCCAAAUAAUGCUGUCCCUGUGUUGUCGUGGUUUGAUGACGUGGAUGAUGCUGAACUCCUCAACCUUCUGCCCGUGUUUGAAGAACUUAGCCAAGCGGAUAACGUUUACACCCAGUUGGACCAGUUUCGCGGACAUUAAAACUGCUCAGUGAGCAGCCUUUUGUUGAGCUCCUUCGCCACAGCUGCAGGGCGACUGCAUAUCAUCACACUUUGUAACCCGAGCUCUUGGGAUGUUGUUUAUUCCCACCUCCAUACAAAAUCCUCUGUUUAGACAAUGACAUUAGCACGGGCUUAAGGAAAAUUCCAAGCCCGUACAGCACAAAGUCUGUGCCUCGAUUUCAAGAGUGCAUUCAAACGCCUUUCAUAUGCUUACAAUAGUGCCAACCACUAUUUGAAACGGAGCAACCAAAGCGCCAACAUCCAAAUCACUCACGUUGGCGUCAAUAGUGAAAUGGUUCUUUUGCCAAAGCAGAAGCCUGCAUGCUCUUACUUGACCUUUGAACGUCACGUUAUUGAGUGUGCCUUUAAAGAGCGACUUACUUUUUUUUUUUUUUACAUUUUCACCAGAUUUUAUACAUCAUUUUUAAUAGGAAAAUCUAUUUUUUAAAUGGCUUUUAUGCAAGUCACUUCUGUCAAUAAUUCCAUUCCAGUACUUCAACAUCAGAUAAUCAAAACAAAGCUGAGUUUUUAUAUGUACUGUUCUAGAUUCAUGUUUUCUACAUGACAUUCUUUGAUUGGAUUUCAUACGUAUGUUUGGAAAAACGGGGGCGAAAAUGUCCCCGACACGACUGUACACAGCAGACACACUGGAAUGUGUUGGCACAUAGGAUGACCACGAACGCCACAGUUUAAAUCAAACUUUAUACCUGUCUUUUUCUGACCGACUUUUACAAAACAGUGCUCAGAUCAGAAAUUGUGCCUUUUUUUUAAAAAAAAAUGAGACCAAUAAAGGUGAUCUGCCUGAAAGAGAUUUGAUGGCCUCAACACUUUUAUGCGUCAUGCUGGGCAUGAGGAAACACUGUCGAGAGCAAGUGUGAAGCCACAAAGCUGUAGUACUUGCAUUGUAACACUUGAAACAAAAAAAAAUCCCAAUUUUUUUAUGUGAGUGUUUUUUCUAUAUUUAUUGGCCAAAACCUGUAUCGUCCAAUAACUGCUCAACAUUUUGCUAACUUAAAAGGCUGGCCUUGUGUUUUCAGGUUAUAUCUUGUGCCUAAAGCUCAAUAAGAAGUCCAACUUUCAUCAGCAGUUCAAUCAAUACGUAGACGUUAUUUCAGGUUUCAGUCAUACAACAUUUGUUUUCAUUUUAGAAAAUGUAGUUUUAUUUGGGGUAUGUUUCCUGGGUUUUUUUUUUCUGUGACACAUAAUUCCUAAUGCAAUUACUGUUUAACAAGUUAAAAAAAAGACAAUUGAAAUGUACCAGUUGUGAUAACCCAAAGUAUUUGUCACAAAUUGUCUGUGUUUUAACUUCCAUAUUUGACCAAAAUUAUAUAAAAAAAGCAAGGUGCUACCAAUUUAAUAAAAAUUGGUUCUAUUUUCCUGUA